AUGGCAUCCGAGUCGUCAACGGCCGCGCUGCAGCGCUACAGCGACUUUGUCGAGCACGUGCUGCGGCCCCAACUGCAGCAGACGCUCGCGCAGCGGGACGCACUGACGCAAGAGGUGCACGAGUACCAACUGCUGCGUGAGCUGCUGCCGACGCUCGCGCAGCUGUCGCGCAGUGAGCCGCUGUUGACGCUCGUGGACGUGGGCGAGCGGUUCCACGUGCGCGCCAAAGUGGCCGACGCGUCGCUCGUGAGCGUCGACAUUGGACUCGGCUUUUACGUGGAAAUGACUGCGGCAGAGGCGCAGCAGUUUGUGCAGUCGCACGUGCGCUAUUUGAUGAGCAAACGGAACAAGUGGCAGGAAAAAGCGCGGGAAGUGUCCGACCAUGUGAACCUCGUGAUUGCUUCGAUUGAGCAACUUGCUGCCUUGCAGUGA